AUGGCUCUUGAGAAACAUAAUAUUGUUUGUUCAAUAUUUCUAGCAACCUUGAUAACAUUCCAACUCAAAUACUAUGCUUCUGAGACAACAAAGAGAUCAAGGGCUUUGAAGCACAAGGAUACUGUUAAAAUCGUAAUGGGUGAUCAAGAUGUGAUCGAUUGUGUUAACAUGAAUAAGCAACUUUCAUCCAACCAUCAUAAUAUAGAUGAUAAUAACAAAGAUCUAAAGUCAGCAUUCAAGGGAGAAAUAAUUCAAGCUUGGCAUAAACACGAAAAAUGUCCAGGAGGAACUGUUCCCAUUAGAAGAAGAACAAGCUAUAUCAUUCGCAAACACCCUUCCCUUUUGCGUCGUCAUUUCAAUAGUAGCUUAAAUGAAAGCACUAUAGAGAAACACGAGUAUGUUUUAAUCCGAAGUAAUGAUACUCGCUAUUAUGGAGCAACUGCAACACUUACUGUAUGGAAACCUAAAGUCGACCAUAAUGAAUUUAGUCUAACUCAACUAUGGAUUUCUUCGGGUAAUGGUACAGAGUUAAAUACCAUUGAAGUCGGAUGGAUAAGAGACAGUUACAAAACUACAGGUUAUUAUGAUUCUGAUUGUCCUGGAUUUGUACAAACUGAUUUCAGCAUUAAAAUUGGUGGACCCAUUUUUCCUAUUUCCAUUGCUGGUGGGCCAAUAAUAGCAGUAACAAUUAUGGUCUUCAAGGAUUCUUCUUAUGGAAACUGGUGGCUUAGCUAUAAUGGUGUUAUCAUAGGAUAUUUUCCUAAUAAUCUCUUCACAUCAUUGAGUAAUUAUGCUGAAAAAGUGGAUAUUGGCGGAGAGAUUGUUAAUUUAGAAAAUAAUGGUCACCACACACCUACUCAAAUGGGAAGUGGACUUUAUCCCCAUCAAUCUGGAGCAAGUUUUGUAACUGGAAUUAAAUUAUUUGAUCAGGACAGAAACCCUAUCAAUGAAAGUAUUUUAUCACUAAUGGUCAGCACACCUCAAUGUUAUGGCGUUUAUGUCAGUAAUAAUAAGAUCUUUUAUGGAGGUCCCGGUUAUUCCGAGUUUUGUCGUUAA